CCCAGAAAUAUUUUUAAUCAGCAAAGCGAGGUUGGUGGAGGAAGAAAAAUCGGUAGAAAUUAAAAAGAAAAAAAGCAGUAGGAAGAAGAAAACGAUGGGAAGUUGGGAUUCAGCACCAGCGGCGAUCCUUGCAGUAUGGGCGCUGCUUUCUUCCAUUCACGCGUUGGACAUAGAUCACACGACUGAAAACGGAGGCUUAGGGCGUAGAGUAUUACUUAGUUUCAAAGAAACACCUCACGGCACUAACCUUACCUUCGAUUGCUCUCCUUCGGGUCCCUGUGUUCCCUGCGCCUACUCUGAGAAGAGUGAUGAAAAAUAUCGAUGCAGCGAGACUGGCCAUCGAAUCCCUUUCAAAUGUGUUGAAAUUAAUCAUGAUACAGAGAAUGAAAAGGGGAAGCAGCAUUCUCCAAAUGGUCGAUCUGCUGUUGAAAUCUCUGAUGCGAAUCCUCAUGUAAUGUUGCAAGAGACCACUGCCUCAAAUGAGGGUAGAACUUUACUGGAUGAUUCUUCUACAGCCAAGGGUGGAUCACAGGCUUAUAUCACUUACAGAAGCUGUAUAUCAGUUAAUACAGAGAAAUUGUCAGUACUUGGUUUUGAGUAUAGUGGUGCAUGUUCUCAAGAGAUGUGCUACUCAGCACUGUAGUCAGAAUUUUGUCUGGGGAAUAUUGAGCCUCAAAAUGGGAGCCUUGAGGUUUUGGUUAGUUAGGUUCUGUAUGGGCAAUGCUUCUUGUUGAUGUCACAAGAACAAAAUACCAUCACAGGACUUCAAUUCCUACUCUGAAGAAAGAAAUGUCUUCUGAUUUUAUAUGUAUUAGUAAGUUUGAUGAUUUUUUAUAGAAGACAGUUCAGAAAGAGAAUAUAGAUAUAUCUUCUCUGUAUGGCAUGCAUACCAUGUCUUUCUAUCUGAGAAUGGCAGUGAAUGAACAGUACAAAGUGUGCACGAGAGAAUCAACUUUCUGAAUAGAUUCAAGGAGGUCCAUAUUUGAAUGGAAUGUUAUGAGCCACAGCUUCAUUGUCUAGUUUCUUUCUUUUUUGUAUUUAUUGUGUGAAAGUUGGCAAGAAGAAUUGCAAGCACUCUGCUUAUGUAGUAUUCUAAUGCUAGCCUUCAUUCUUAUGGUCU